AUGAUGGGUUCUUCAAGCUGUAAUGCUGCAGAUCUAUUGAAAGAGAUAUUUUUGCUUAUGUAUUACAAAGACGUGAUUUUGAGAAAUCCCGGACCACCAAAGAUGCGGAGGACGGAGGAAGCCCAAAAUUCGAUCUAUAUCACUCAAGAUAUAAUAAAAGAGAUAUUUUUGAGGCUUCCCCUGAAGUCUCUGGCGAAAUUCAAAACGGUGUCAAAAGAAUGGAGAUGGAUACUGGAAUCAAAGACUUUCAAUGACCUGCAUCUGAGUAAUCAGAAGUCUGGGAAGAGCCGCCGGAAAAUCCUGGCCGGUUACAAGUGCGACUGCUGCGACCGGCCGAAUCUCUCGCCCGUGGCAGGCGACGAAGAGUUCGUGUAUCUGCACUGCGAUACAUCACGACCAUCGAUGAGCUGCGACGGUUUGGUCUGCAUCCCGGAACCAGGUUGGGUCAACGUUUUGAAUCCACCGACCGGUGAGCUCCGCAGAUUUCCUUCCGGCCCAGAUCCCGUGCCUUGCCCGAUCGCCUCACUCGACCGUCAUGUGCCAGAGCUGUGGUUUAAUUAUUUCCCGGGGAAUUGGGCAAUGGGAUUCGGUAGAGACAAAGUGACAGGAAGGUAUAAAGUGGUGAGGAUGUGCUUUGAUCCUGUGGAGUGCGAUGUUCUCGCGGUUGAAACCGGUGAAUGGCGGAAACUGAGGGCACCACCUCCUUACGAGGUCCAGUCAGGAAGAAGAUCGGCUUGUGUGAACGGGUCCAUCUAUUGGCUGGAAGUAGCUUUUUAUGUUGGUUACAAGAUACUAGGUUUUGAUCUUCACACAGAAGAGUUCCAUGACGUCAAAAGUCUUCCUAGGCCUUACUUAUCGACGGGUACGGCCCAGAUACUGAACCUCGACGACCGUCUAGCCAUAUCGAUUACAAUGCAACGUCAACAGAAGCUGGAGAUUUGGUGCAUGGAUUCAGAAGAAGAAAGAUGGAGCAAAGCCUACUCCAUAUGUUUAGCCGGUGUUGCUCCGACCGAGCCAGGGUAUGUUUGGUGGUACACGCCGGUAAUGGUUUCCGAGGAAGGGAAUGUUUUGAUCAGCGACAAUAACAAGGGUUUAUUCAAACAUUAUCCACAGACCAACGUCACUCGUCGUCUCGCAUCACCUUCUACUUGUUGCGUUAUAUCUCCUUAUCUCGAAAAUUUGGUCCGGCUUUAG